AUGGGGUACACUAUAAAGCAAAAAAUUGGAAUCUGUCUAAAAGCAGAAGCAAACCCUGAAAUGACUCAAUCUGAUUUGGCACUUUGGGCCAUGAAAGAAUAUAAUUCUGAAAGGCCACCAUCACAAACUACUAUAUCACGGAUAUUGAACUCGAAAAACGACAUAAUUUCGAGAAAAGAGUCUGAAUUUGAGCUCAUAAGAAGACGUAAACGGGCAAACCCAUUAUUGCGACGAAUUCUAACGGAAUGGAUUACCCAAGCAAACUGGGAAGGAAUACCCAUCACGACGCCAAUUAUACAACUGACGGCUAAUGCCAUAUGGACUCGAUUACCUAAAGAGGGACAAGAAGGUAAUGGUAUAUUCAAUCAAAAAUGGUGUUCUCAUUUUGUGAAAAAAUUGAACAUUAAUAUAACGGGAUCGCCUCGGGAUGUUUUAGACAACCGAGGAUACAACUUAAAUAAAGUUUGGAAAUUGGAUGAAAUACUAGAAUUGAAACGAUAUUUGCGAGAUAUCAUUGAUCAAGAAGAUUAUGCUCCUCAAGAUGUGUUUGUUAUUGAUGAUUUUCAAUUGUUUUAUUCUUUGCCUUUGGAUCAAAUAUUUGAUGUUUCGUCUAUAGAUAAGGGCAUUAAACAAUCAAACUCAUCUGCUGAACAUUCAUUAACAAUUAUGCUCGGCUGCAACAUUGACGGGUCAGAAAAACUAACACCAAUAAUUGUUGGGAAAUACGAUAAAUUUGAUGUUUCUAAAAGUACGCAUGUAAGUUUAAACUCAAUGCAAUUUGAUUCGGUAUCGUAUCAAACUUUGAUGAAUAAACUUACCGAAGUUUACAAUAUUUUUUACAAAUCAAAUACCAAUAAAUGGAUCACUUCGUCAAUGUUUCAAAAUUAUUUAACUAGAUUGGAUCAUAAAUUAUCCAAUUCAAGACCAAAUGGACGGAAAAUUCUAAUUAUUUUAGAUGAUUGUUCAUCUCAUCGUAUUAUAAAUUUGAAAUUUAAUAAUAUAAGACUAUGUUAUUUGAAAAAUGAGGCUAAUCAUAAAAACCCUUAUAAUACAACUUAUUCUGGAAUCAAAUUUGAUUAUUUACCCAUGAAUUUUGGAAUUGUGGAAGAAUUUAAAAUAUUGUACCGAUUGCAACAAUAUUUAGAAAUGAUUAAUUUACAAAGAAGCAAAUCGCAAAUUGAUUCGGACCCAAUGAUUGAAGAAAAUUUGACUUCAACUUCAGUGGCAACAACAGCUACUGCGUUGGAGGUUUUAUCAGAAUCCGAUUACCACAUAUCCUUGAUUCGAGCAAUUGAAUGGAUAACAAGAUCAUGGCAUUCUGUGUCAUCGGAACGGAUUUUUUCCUCAUGGAAAAAGACACAUUUGUUCAAUUUACUAGAUUGGCCUAGUGGUAAUUCUGGACAACUAGUUUAUUUAAACCAGAAAUUGAACACUUUUGAUGAAAAUAAGAGUUUGAAGAAAUUAAAAGAGGUUAUGAGUUAUUUAAAUGUGGUUAUUCCUUGGGAAAUUGAUGAAUUGGUAGGGUUGGUUAACGAGAGAGGUAAAGUUACUUUAAGUUAUGCAUCUAUCGAAGAAAUCAUUGAUAGUUGUUUGCUGGAACCCGUUGACGACUAUGAUGAAAUGGGGGAUGAUGAUGGUAGAUUUGACAAUAGGAAAAAUGAACUUGGUGAUGUUUCUUCUGUUCCAGUUGAUAAUAGCAAUGACCCUUGGUUUACUGUAAGUGAAAUAAAUGAAUUUCAUAAUGAUCCAUUUUAUAAUAAUGACAAAUCUAUUGAUGCAGCAGCAGAACCUUUAGAGCUGAUUUCACCUGAUAAUGAUAGUUCGGCUAUUCCAGGUUUGGAAACCAAAGCUCUUUCUGCUAUUUCAGGUUUGGGGACGACUUCAACAAGUGUUGUAAGUGAUUCUCCACUGGGAACUACCCAAAAGUACAACAACAUUAGCAUUUAUCCAAAUGGUUCAUUAAAGCACAAGUUGGGGGUGUUGGAGAAUUGGAAUCGCAAAAGGGGUCCUGGACAAGGACAAGGACAAGGACAAGAACUACAGAACCCACAGGGUCAACAACAACAAGAACAACAGCAGCAACAACAACACCAAAUGUCUGGUUACAAUUUCUCUCCUAUAUCAAAUAUUGAAUCACCAAUUGCUAGUGGUGGUUUGACCAACCCUAAUGUUCAAUUUGGUAAUGGUGCAGGAUCGUUUGACAACCAAACCCCGUUAUUUAUGAAUAGUUUGACGUCACCGCCUCCUCCACCGCCAGUGCCAGUGCCAGUGCCAGUGCCAGUGCCACCAGUGCCAUCACAAGUGCCAGCUACUUCAUUUCCUCAAGAUGUAUCAUCAUCCCGAGCUGUAAGGGCCCCUAUGAGUACUGCUGCCGUUGAUGUUGAUAUGGCUACUGCUAUUACUAAACUUCUUGAAUAUUCCGCAUCUAAUACAUUGAAACUUUCGCAAAGUACAAUAGAUGAUUUGGAUUACAAUUUACGAGUCAUUAGAGCUAGACUUAAUCAACGAUGA